GGGGGCGUCGCCCCCGCCCCGCGCUCCAGGUAGCGGCGGCCGCAGCUGCCGGCGGCGGCGGGCUGCGCUCCCCGGCGGCCCGCGGGCCGGGGCGGGGGCGGGCCGGGGGCGUUCCCGCGGCUCGCCGCCCGUGAUGUCACAAUCGCGGCGGGCCCCGGCGUUCCCGGGUCGGCCGCGGGCGCCGGGCUGCGAGCCGGCGAUCGAAGCGGGCAGCUCGCGUCUGAGUCAUGGACUUCCCCUGGCCCCUCCUCUACCACUCCCACCGCCUCGCCGGGCCCCCCCGCCGGGGCGAGCGCUAGCGCGGCGGCUCCGAGGGGGUGGGGCUGCUGGGAAUGGCUGUGCCCCCUUCGGCUCCUCUGCCGCGCUCGUCCCUUCACCUGAGGAGGCACGCGCCCUGCCCGCAGUGCUCAUGGGGCAUGGAGGAGAAGGCGGCGGCCAGCGCGAGCUGCCGGGAGCCGCCGGGCCCCCAGCGGGCCGCCGCCGUCCCGUACUUCGGCGUAUCGGUGGAGCAGGACGACAUCCUCCCCGGCGCCCUGCGCCUCAUCCAGGAGCUGCGGCCGCACUGGAAGCCCGAGCAAGUUCGGACCAAGCGCUUCACUGAUGGCAUCACCAACAAGCUGUUGGCCUGCUACGUGGAGGAGGACAUGCGGGACUGCGUGCUGGUCCGGGUGUACGGGGAGCGGACAGAGCUGCUGGUGGACCGGGAGAAUGAGGUCAGGAACUUCCAGCUGCUGCGAACACACGGCUGUGCCCCCAAACUCUACUGCACCUUCCAGAAUGGGCUGUGCUACGAGUACAUGCAGGGUAUGGCCCUGGGGCCCGAGCACAUUCGUGAGCCCCGGCUCUUCAGGUUAAUCGCCUUAGAAAUGGCCAAGAUUCAUAGCAUCCACGCCAACGGCAGUCUGCCCAAGCCCACCCUCUGGCACAAGAUGCACAAUUAUUUCACGCUUGUGAAGAACGAGAUCAACCCCAGCCUUUCUGCAGAUGUCCCUACGGUGGAGGUGUUGGAAUGGGAGCUGGCCUGGCUGAAGGAGCACCUGUCCCAGCUGGAUUCCCCUGUGGUAUUUUGUCACAACGACCUACUCUGCAAGAAUAUCAUCUAUGACAGCACCAAAGGUCACGUACGGUUCAUUGACUACGAAUACGCCGGCUACAACUACCAAGCUUUUGACAUCGGCAACCAUUUCAAUGAGUUUGCAGGCGUGAACGAGGUGGAUUACUGCCAGUACCCGACGCGGGAGACCCAGCUGCAGUGGCUGCGCUACUACCUGCAGGCGCAGAAGGGGAUGGCCGUGCCCCCCAGGGAGGUGGAGAGGCUCUACGUGCAAGUCAACAAGUUCGCCCUGGCGUCUCACUUCUUCUGGGCGCUCUGGGCCCUCAUCCAGAACCAGUACUCCACCAUCGACUUCGAUUUCCUCAGGUACGCGGUGAUCCGAUUCAACCAGUACUUCAAGGUGAAGCCUCAAGUGUCAGCCUUGGAGAUGCCAAAGUGACCAGCCACCCCAUCCCUCGCCUACCCAUCUGUCUGGCCAGACCUGUUCUCCAGGGCUCAGUUCUGCUCUGGGGUCCACACCCUUGGACAAGGUGGGAGAAGGGGACAGGUGGGUGUCCAGGGAGAAGGCUCUGUCCCUGCCGCCAGCCCCCAGUGGUUGCCACUGAAGACCUCAUUCUCCUGUUUGGAGGGGCUGAUAGGACCCAACUCCAGGGGUCCCCUUCACCUCGCCAGGCUUGGGAGGAAGUGCCUGCAGGGAGCCAGGGCCUGGACCGUGACUACAGGAAGCACCAUUCUCAGCCCCAGGCCCUGCUGCAACUGGGCUGCCUUAGCUGUGUCUGUGACCCUCCCUGGCCUGGGGACGCGGGGAAGGGGGACGCGGGGAGGGCUCCUUUCUACCUCCAGUGCCACGAGCUCCAGCCCGUCCCCCCGCGUGCCCCGUGUAGGAGGUGCUGAGCCCCAGACCAGCAUCGUGCCAACCCUGACACAUGGAUGUACACACCUUGGCGGGGUGUGGGGGUCUAAAAUUGGGCAUGACAGCUCCCCAGCAGCCGCCUCCUCUGAGACCCCUCACCUUCUCCAAACCAGGUCCAAUCACGUAACUCCUCCCUGUACCUCAGCCCAGGCGCCGUGCUCCCUCCACUGCCCUUGCUGCUCCAGUGCUUCUGCUCUCCCUCUGCAGCCUGCUGCGGGGAAGGAGGGAUGGCGAGGCCCUGGGCCUCCAAAGCCAGGCUCUGCUUUGUGCCGUGGCUCGGCUGGAGGGGACACGGCCAAGGGUGGGUGGCCAGAGCCAGAGCUAGCAGCAACCUGCCUUGUUCCCUCCCCUGCCUUCCAGGCCCUCCUUCCCAAGGAUGUCUCUCCGUCUCCACCUCUGUCCUGAAGUUGACCGGAGGUUUUCCCAUCUGGGAAUGACUAGUGGGCAUCAAGGGGCAGGGGGCCAAGGGCAUCCUCCCUGCCCGGCGCGUGAGAGCCUGGGCAGGAUCGAAUCAGAAAGGUGCUGGCCGAGCCCCCCCUCCCCUUGCCCCUGCCAACAACCUCCACCUCCUUCCUGCCCUGGGGCUCCUGAGCCCUCCUGGCUCUGGCCCAUAAAGUGAUUCAUUUGUAAAUUAUCAUGGUUUUCUGCAUUAAAAUGCCAUUUCUGGAC